AUGGCGUUGCUUUCCCUCCAGUAUCGGCGACCCAAGAAGGUUGACUCUGAGGCCUACCGGCAGCGCCGAGAAGCGUUGGAAGAUUCUGCCGAAGGAUCUGUCAAGUCAGGAGUUUCUGGCGCUUCGUCCGGUAUUCCAGAUGCCUUGUGCUUUGAUAGAAUCAUCAACGGCGGUACCUGUCCACCCUUGGCUAUCCGCGACUUCAUGAAUUACCUCGUCUAUGUUGAACAUGCUGCCGAAAACCUCCAGUUCUAUCUCUGGUUCAAGAAUUACGAAAAACGCUUCGCCGAGGCUAAGGGUAGUGACGUUUCCCUAGCCCCCGAGUGGACUCAAGCCAUGGAGGACGAAGCUGUUGCCAAAGUUCGAAGAGAACAGGUCGAUAAAAUGAGGCGAGAGCCUGCAGCAACGGCCGCCAUCUUCAAGGGAACCGAUUUUGAAAAGCAACCCUGUGGCAAGAAGGCCAAUCCUUUCAACACCCCCCCUCGAUCUCCGAAUGGUGUCUCAGAAGACCAUGACACGCUGACGACAUCAUGGGAGACCAUGACUUCGGACGGAACAUCAAACGCUCAGUCCACCUCCAACGCUAAUUCGCGGACACAAGCUGCAGAAGCUUUCGUGACAGCCGGUGCUAGACUCCCCUUGCCCGUUCUUGCAGUUACCAUUCAACCCUUUCAUCAGGAGAUCAAUCGCAUUAUAACAAGCUACCUCAUGGACGGUGCUCCACGGCAGCUUAACUUGGCUGCGUGGGAGCAGAGAGCAACCGUCCAAGCGCUCUCUCACACGACGCAUCCAUCUGCGUUUCGGAUUCUCUUCAAAAGUGUUGACUCGGCACUUCGACUCCAGUCGCAUCCCAACUUUAUUCGGUGGUCCAUCUGCAACGGCAAUCUUCCUCGAGUUUGGUUCGCUCGCUUCCUUGGUAUCGCUCUCAUCAUAAUAGGAUUUGUCAUCGCCAUCGUCCUCACUCUGAGCAGGGCCGGACGCGGCUACCGAGUUCUUCCGCUCAUUGCCUGGGUGUUGGGAAUGAGCACAUUGGUAGCCGCCCACAAGGGCAUGUGUGUUGUCCUGCACGGCUUGCAUCACCGGCAUGUCCGCCCGUGGGAGCUGUUCACCCAGGAUGAUGGAGAGGAAUUCGGCAUGUCAAACAUGGAAUCAUUCGGCUCAAACAAUAGCUACGAGGAUGAGCCGUGGGUAGUCAAGUAUCAGGAACGGAACAUUGUUCGUAAAAUCUUUGACCGUGAGAUAUGGAUCCAGGAGCCUGCUUUGAGGCAAAUCCAGGACACCAUCUUUUGCCAAGCACUGCUGGCUGGUCUCGUUUUUGGUCUCAUAUUCAUGGCAGUUUUUCUUGCUGUCCCAGGAGGCCACUUCUUUUGA